AAGGAAAAGAGCUUUCUUUGCAGUCAUUUUCGGAAUCCGUCUUUGAUACUAUUUACCCCAGUAUUCUUUAUCUCAAUCAUUUUCAUUUUCCCUUUGUUCAUGGGUGGUAUGUACCUCAUAAUUUCUUCAUUGUAGCGAGAAUACCACUUCCGUAACAUGGUUCAAUCAUAAAUAUUUGCAAGGCGACCAGAUCAGACAGAAUAUCUUUACGAAAGGUUCUUGGCGCUAUAUCAAAAAUGGCUUCUGGAUGUUGGAAACCGCAAUUACCUCGCACUGAGCUUGCGGAGAAAUAUGGCCAUCUCCUUAUGCCAAUCAUAAAAGAUGCAAUUCCUUUAAAGAGUGGUCUCACUCCAAUAACUUUGAAUCCACAUGCUACUGACUCCGAAACUAAAUUCGCCGAGGAUGUGCGCUAUAUACAGAGACGUCUCUAUUCAAGUGCGUGGUUCAAAUAUGAUUAUUAGAUGAUUGCUAACAUGCUCUGAUUACUUGCAGACUUUACAGCGGCGGAGUUGGAGAGGAUAGAAGCUGUGGCUCCGCUCUACAACACAUACGAGGACGAAACUUUGGUUAACGCCAGUGCUAAUAUUGCCAUCCAUCCUGUAAUGCAAAGAAAAAAGUGGAAUUAUCCUCUGCCGAAACAAGCAGCUGAAUUCCCCCUUGGGAAAGAUUUGGAUGGAUACUGGAAUGCUGUGAGUACAAGGCUUUUGUGGAGAGGGAUUAAUGGUUCUAAUGGUGAUGGCAGUAUACAAAUGAUAUUGUGUGGGAAGCCUUGCUUCCAGCCCUACGAAUAGCCAGCUUGUAUUUCUCGAAUAUCGAUAUGUGGCCAUGGUAACUAUACCCCGAUUUAUUACCGACUCAAGGUCUAAAUGAUCUGUGUAGGCAUGAUGCUCUGUUUGCCUCAGAAUGGACUGAGAUUCUGCAAAAAGAGAUCCCAAUAUUGCACUUUUUUGGACGAAGAGGUUACAGACGAUUUUUUACCAGAGAUCCCUUUGUAUAUGGAAGUGAAGCAGCCAGAAGAAAUGUCCGAAACAAAUUACUCAACUUUUCGAAAAACAUAUAUUUCUCUCUUACCAGCUGUUUUGUCGAUUCAACAAGUGGUGUUAAGAUAUUCGAUGCAAGUCGGGGAAGUAUUGCUGGCUCAACAAUAGCAAGUUCGAUCGACAAUAUAUGUGUUAUAAAUCUCGAUUUCCGUUCCAUUUCGGCCUUGCUUCCCGGAACAGUGGAAAAAUUAAAUGUUGCAGAGAGACGUCUGAUUCAUUGUGACUUUGCAAUAACUAUCAUACACGAGCUUGCUGUACGUUACUUUUUGACACCUUGUUUUAGAUGUCCUUCGACUUGCUCUAAUUUAAUAUAGCAUGCUAUCUAUCAGCAAGAAUGCAAAGUCAGCCACCCCGACUAUGGAGGAAUGCUUAGAGAGAUAUAUUUUGAGCAAGAAGUAACUUCGGAACUGUAAGCCACUCAUUACUUGCUUACUUUGACGCUUUACUGACAAUUCUAGUGGCAUAUCCGUGAGUCUUUGUUUGGGCUUAUUUGAUAUGGAUUACUGAUGUGUCUUUAAUCACCUCUAGUUAGAACAAACUGUAAGUUCUGUCAGAAAAACAUAUAUUAAUAAUUCUUAAUUUUGAAUCAGUUAUUUGGUGGAAUUACAGCUGGCAUUCGUGGUCCUAGUGGAGAGGGCAAGAUAGCUCAUCUGGGUAAGCAUAUCUAAUAUCUUCUACCUUUUAAUAAAUACCCUAGUCCGGAAUUCAUCCUGUUUAUAACUUUCUUUUGAGGGCCAUGAUCAAUCACCACAUACUGACUUUUUUUUUACAGAGGGAGGAGGUAUGGCCUAGUAAGCAAUAGCUCCUGAUGACAACCGUAUCCUCUAUCUCAUGCAAAGCAGUGAUAUAAACACUCGGUAUCUCCAGGGUUAUAAUGGCGACCACCCGGUUCUACUCAAUAAACCACCGGUAAAUAUAUCAUUCUAUGUCUUCGGCUUGUUUCUGUUUGCAUUUGAUGUACAACGAUAUAUCUUAGCAGUGCUGAUCUAACGCUGAGCUCCUGUAGACUUUUAACAAAUGCACAUUUUGGCCUGUUCCUGUUUCCUGGUUUCGUAAGUACUGCCCAGCUCUCUACCUGCCUCUAUACGUUGGCUUUGCUACUUUCAUCAAUCUCUCCUCGGCUUUUUUUCUCCUUGGAAUCACAUAGCUCUACCUUUUUUGAGCCGUUCAAUAAACUGGUAAUUGUGGAAACAUUGACACAUCUUAGUUAAUAUGGGAAGUAAAAGCAAAUUCGAAUUAUUUGUUAGGAAGUAAGUCCAUUUGAUCUUAUUCCAACUUGUCAAUUCAAGUGAGUACUGACGCCAGCAGGUAUGGACUUCAUAACGCUAGAUAUACAAGGAUUGUCGGUUCGGAAUUUGAAGUGGAUAGCGACGGUGAUGCUGCUCAAGUGAGUAGGCAUCCAUUCGUCGAGUUUGAGGGGAUACCAGACAAGAAUCGACAUGCCGAAUCCAGUAUGGAUAGAUUGGAGUCACAGCGCCCUCAGAAACGCCGGCGAGUAGAACACGCCAUUGUUCGAGAGGCUGUAUGUCGACAACCACAGCGAAGCCUAGAGGAAGAAUUAGGCGUUGACAAUGAGGAGACUGUCGAUUCCAAAGAUGAAGAUCAGGAUUUACCUCCUUGUCCUCGGUUUCACGAAAUAAGCAGGUAUUUGAUCGAUAAUCGUCGACAAUUGGCCCUUCACACAAUGUGUUUCGCGAUGCCUGAGCAUACCUUGGUAGGCACAUAAUUUCCCGUCUCGAGAAUUAACUAAAGUGUUAACAAUGACAUAAAGCUAAUAUUAUCCGCAGCGUGAUUAUAUUCGACGACUUGGCGGACUAAAAAUCAGUGCCCAAGAAUGGCGCACGUAUCUACUUCAUUGCAAUUCGAUACCAUAUCUUUUCAGGUAACUUCUCUUACUUCCAUCUUGGGCGCAUGUGCUGAUAGCAUGCAAGAUUCGAGUCAGAAGAGGAACCUGGUGACUUCUCGACUUAUCGUGGAUCUAUCCAACUUCAUGCCUCGAGCUGGCCAAGGACGGAUCUCACACCAUUGAGGCCAAAACGUGAAAAGUUUGAAAGAGCCGAAGGGAAUGCACUUGCAUUCAUUCUCGCUGUCCACCGUCUCAAUGAGGCUCAAAUCGGGGGCAGGGAUAUAAUGUGGCCUCAGUCUACCUUUUGGGAUUUCAGCGCUGAAAGAUUUCUUGCUCUUUUCAAUGCCGAUGUCAAAAAUGGGAAUGGAGAAAUGAGCAAACUUGGUUUGGGUCUGAUGUCCAAAGAAGAACUUGAGGAUAUGCUAUGGCAUGUGGCAUCUACUUCACCAUUCCUUACGUGAGUGACACUUUCAUUUUUGUUGUGAGAUUGGAAAUUGACGACUAUUGAUCUUAGUUGGGCUCCAGAAGGUAUCAUACGACGCUUACCACUAACCACUCCGGAAUUUAUGGAAAUACGCGGUGGUGAUGCAACAUGGGACGAAGUUGUUUUGCCUAAAGGGCGAAGGUUAAUUGAUUGGGAUGAGGGAUCUAAAGCUUUACUUGGGGUAAGAAGAAUUCCUAAGCUCCUCGUAUCUGGUUAAGAUACUUUUAAACUUACAUGGGGAUUUUCAUCCUUUCUGGAGGGGCCUUGAAUGUCUAAGGAUAUCAUAUCGAUAGCUGAUGGCUGAUUAUUGCAUUCUAUCACAGUGGGACAAUACGAAGAUGGAAACAGAUCCGGAAGUGCUAGAAGAAGACACUGGAAUAACAUAUACCGACGGCCGCGUUUGCAGUUCCUUCGAAUACCAGGAAAAGCUAAGCAUCAAGGAAAAGGAGAACGCGCCACCAGGGCCACCACCAACAGAAGAGCAGUUGGAGUACAUGGCGGCAGAGAAAAAAAUCCAGGAUCUCAUCAGAUCGGUAGAAGCCUACAUUAGAAAAUUCCCAGACGCAAAGCAACAAGAGGUUUUUGAUAAUUCCUUUUGGCCGAUUUGGACGGUGAAUAAUCCGGGGAAAUCGGUCGAGGAGGGGUUUGCGGAAUAUAAGGAUUGUUAUUCUACGCCUGGCGAUGUAGUCCCGUCUGAGGACUUGAUGGAAAUGCUGGCGAAGAAUGAGAAGUGUAAUCCGCAAUGAUUUGAUGGAAUGAUUUUGGAUAGGGGAUUGAGGGGAAGCUUGAUGUUUGGUGUUGGAAUGAUGGGAUGAUGGGAUGAUGGGGAUUGGGUGGUUGAGGGUAUGGGAAGUGGUUUGGGAGA